CACGGCUGUGGUGAAUCUGGCACUUCGGUGGAGAAGGGGGCGGGGAAGGACAAACCAUCCAUUGGGAUGGGAUGUAGUCAGAGAGGAUAUCUCUGAAAAGGUGGCACUGGGCAAAGACCUAGAUAAUGAGGAGUCACUGUGGGAAGCAGGGCCAGCCAGUACAGGGAGAGCAAGCGCAAAGGCUGGACUGUUGGGGCCAGAGGAGGUUGCAAUUCUGAGAUAGACGUUUUGAAUUCGAGGUACGGAAAUUGGAUUUUACUCAAAGUAAAACAUGAACAAACCAAUCAAGGUGACCCUGAACUUCUUUCUUUCCCAGGUCUCCAGCCCAGAGGAUACCUUCUGCGAAAAUGUCCGUGGAUCCCUUAUCUAGCAAGGCCCUGAAGGUAAAGCGCGAGCUGAGCGAGAACACGCCGCACCUGUCGGAUGAGGCGCUGAUGGGGCUGUCGGUGCGCGAGCUGAACCGCAACCUGCGCGGGCUGUCGGCCGAGGAGGUGACGCGGCUGAAGCAGCGGCGCCGCACACUCAAGAACCGCGGCUACGCGGCCAGCUGCCGCGUGAAGCGCGUGUGCCAGAAGGAGGAGCUGCAGAAGCAGAAGUCCGAGCUGGAGCGCGAGGUGGACAAGCUGGCGCGCGAGAACGCCGCCAUGCGCCUGGAGCUCGACGCGCUGCGCGGCAAGUGUGAGGCGCUGCAGGGCUUCGCGCGCUCGGUGGCCGCCGCCCGCGGGCCCGCGGCACUGGUGGCACCCGCCAGCGUCAUCACCAUCGUCAAGUCGGCGCCAGGCCCCUCCCCUGCUCCUGACCCCGCCCCCUGCUCCUAGUACCCGCCCCCACCCCGCCCCCACCAACUCCCCUCGGACCCACUCCCGUCCUAAAGAGUCUGAGUGCCUUCUGCUCCCUGUCCCUUUUCCCUGCCACGGCUACCCGUUGUAGUGACUUCACAUUCCUUUCCUGGGCUCUAACUCUUGCAGGUCCCCAGACUGGGACCUGAUGGCCCUGGGGAGGGGCAACUUUGCUAAGUUGGGGGGGGGGGGGAGGCGUUGGGGUUCUAGGUUUCCCUGGGCUGGAAGUCCAUCUCAGAUUGAAAGAGAGGUGGAAAUGGCCUGGAGAAGAGAGAGCUAGUGGGAGAGGCUUUGGAUUGUGCCAGUAUGCCCUUCCGACCCUGCCAGGACUCAGGACUAGGUGUGGCCUUGUGAGGCUGCCCUGCCGGGAAGCAGGACUCAAGAGAUCUCCCAACUGUGCUUGGGACUUGGGAAGGUCAGGCUUUCCCAAGCUAAGAGUCUUUGGAACGGAUCAAUGAAGCUCAGUGCAUACAUGGGGAAGCAAACCGACCUAAGGCCACUGAGUACUGAAUAGUUGAGCUGCAAACCCAAGUGGGGCCUUCUUACAGCUGCCUUAGUGAACAUUCCAAGCGUGACUUCCACAGGGGGAACAGUACACGGGGGGGGGGGGGGGGCGGGGGGAGGACUGAACAACGUAGUAGGAGAGCCUCCCUGGCCUGGGAGACGGCUGUCUGUGUGGUGGGGAAAGAAGGUGAAGGAGAGAGGAGGUGACACAGAGGGAUGAGGCGAGGAGCUGGCCAGCCAAAGAAGGGCCGAUGGAGAUGACCACUGUGGUAGACAGACAUACUACAGUCCUGAUGCGGGGAAUGGGGUGGGGGUGGGGUGACUUGGAAUUAAGGCUUCCACCUUGGUCUGGAGUAUCUGUGGUGGUCUGGGGGCUGACCACUGUUCCCCUGGGAAGUCCAGCCCUAGCACCUUCCCAACGCUGUAUACAGCUGACUCUUCUACUCUUAUUUAUUGCACGAAUCUAAGUUAUUCUCACCAGCCAGAGUCCAGCUCCUCUUCCCUGGGAAAUACGUGGGCCCUGAGCUGGACUUAUAUUUUGUAUCUACAAAUAAAUCACAUUUAAUCUUAUAUUUAGGGAAAGCUGGGUGGCAACAAUAGUUUUAAAAAAAAAUUGCCCAGCUCCCCAGAGUUUAUUUAUUUUCUGACUUCAAGUGAGCCAGUUAUCUGCCUUGAGUAUUUUGUAGACUUUCUGAAUAAAGUCAAGUUCUCUUUUUCCACAA